AUGGAGCUGCUGGGGGCUCUGAGCCCCCCGUGGUGGCUCCUGCUGCUCCUGCUGCUGGCCCUGCUGCUCCGGGCCACCCGCAGGAGCCCCUGGGACCCCCGCAAGUGUCCCGCCGACCUGACGGGCAAGACAGUGAUUGUCACCGGAGCCAACAGCGGCAUCGGCAAGCGCGUGGCCAUGGAGCUGGCCCGCCGCAAUGCCCGCACCAUCCUGGCGUGCCGGAGCCCGGAGCGGGGCCAGGAGGCCGUGCGGGAGAUCCGGGCGGCCACCGGGAACCCGGCGGUGCUGCUGAGGCUGCUGGACACCGGCUGCAUGUCCUCGGUGCGAGCCUUCGCCGCCGCCGUGCUGCGGGAGGAGCCGCGCCUGGACGUGCUGGUCAACAACGCCGGAGUCACCGGGCUGCCCUUCGCCAUCACGUCCGAAGGACUGGAGCAAACCUUUGCCACCAACUACCUGGGCCACUUCCUGCUCACCAACCUGCUCCUGGAGCUGCUGAAGGCCUCGGCGCCCGCCCGGGUGGUGAACGUGUCGUCGUUCCGGCACAGCGUGGGCACGGCCGACAGCGGGUACCUGACGGGGCAGCGGCGCCCGGGCGGGCACGACGCCGCCUACAACAGCACCAAGCUGAUGAACGUGCUCUUCACCGCCGAGCUGGCACGGCGCCUGCAGGGCACAGGGGUGACGGCCAACGCGCUGAGCCCGGGCGUGGUGAGCACCAGCAUCAUGCGCCACUUCAGCCGGCCCGUGCGGGCGCUCUUCGCCCUCCUCCGGCCCUUCAUGAAGUCACCCGAGCAGGGCGCUGCCAGCACCAUUUUCUGCUCCGUCUCGGAGGAAGCCGAGGGCAUCAGCGGGAAAUAUUUCGACAGCAGCUGCCGGCUGGCACUGCCCUCGGAGCUGGCCCGCGACGCUGCCCUGGCUCGGAAGCUCUGGGAGGCAUCGGAGCGGCUGACAGGGCUCACAGAGCAGGGCUGAGCCGCUGGGAUGUCACCUCUCAGCAUGGGAAUGGGGACAUGGAAGCUUGGGGAGGCAUGGGAGCGGCUGACAGGGCUCGCAGAGCGGGGCUGAGCCGCUGGGAUGUC